AUGCUAUCGAUGGCUAGCGAACCAGAGCGGAGGGACUCCAACAUAAGCAUCAGGGAGUUGGAAGAAAGCGUCAAACAAUUAACGGAGCAGGUAGGAUAUAACGACACCUCGGAAGAUGAUGAAGAAGCUAUUAUUUCGAUGGAACUAAUCAACAGGAAUAUUGCAGCCUGUCUAAGGAUAAACAAAAAAGCCAUUCGAAAAUGGUACGAACAAUGCCUCAGUGCGAAGACUAGAUAUUGGCAAAUCAAAAUGAACUUUUGGAGACGGUUCAAAAUGUAUACGCGGUCCGAAUUAUUUUUUGGAGAAAAAACCAGAGGAGUAGACAAAAUUUGGAAAGAUAAAAUGUGGGCCAUUUGGAUUUCGUACAUUCAUAGGAUGAUGUGGGAGGAGGACGUUGAAGAUACAAUUCAAUUUAAAAAAAGAAUAAACAAAUGUUACUCCUACAUGUAUAUCCGUGAUAGGUACACCCAGAAGAAGAGGCACUUUAGGAGAGUGAAGCAGAGGAAGAUUGUGAACGCGUGGAGCCACUUUUUGGACACUUAUACGGAAAAGUGGCGGAAGGAGCGGAAGGCCAUGGCGAUGGCGAUGGCGAUAGCCCAGUGCACGGCGAGGAAGAAGCAGUCCACAAAGAGUAAGCAGCCCGCGGGUAAGAAGCAGCCCGUGAAGAAGAGGGCGAAGGUCGCUUCCGCUUCGUCACUCAUCCCGCCGGGGCAGCAGCGCUUGCAGCACAGUGACGACAGCGUUGGCCAUAGCAUUGGCGGCAGCUUGGGCGGCAGAAUUGGUAGCAACAUUGGUAGCAGCAUUGGUAGCAGCAUUGGUAGCACCCCAGUUUUGAAUAGCCUGGGCGCGAACGCGAAGACUGGGCGGAAGGAAAGCCCGCUAACCAAAAAGGGGGCAGCCAAAAAGGGGGUGGAUAAAAACGGGACUGCCAUAACGGGAGCAUCCAAAACAGGCGCCGCCAAAACCAUGGCAGUCAAAACGGCGCAAAUUAAACGAACGAAGAUUCCCCCUCCAAGCAUGACCAGCCUCUGUGCGCCGCGGUGAAUAGACAAACUUGCCGCCCCUGCAACUUACGCUGAGCAGAAGCGACGUAAGGUGCACCCCUAGCAAUCGAGCGUGUAAUCUCCAUUCAAUUAUGAAGGUACUCUAUUUUUUUGUUAAAUCCUACUCCAUAGUAGCUUCGGACUAGGCGUUGCUUCUCCCUGAGUGGGGAGCCAUUCCUCGGACAAAACAUAUGAACGAACUGUGUGCCUCUGUUUCUGUGAUGUAUACGUAACUGAUUUUUUUUUUUUUUUUUUUCCACGUG